CCCCCCGACUUAAGGAAUAUUCUCCGCCGCACACACACACACACACACACACCAGUCCCGCGGGAGACAACUGACCAACAAUUAUCUGGUCAAUCAGGUCUCUGGGCUAUUUGAAACGGUUAGACACAUUUGGAUGACAAGUUAGAGGACAGUUAGCAGCUAUCGACUUACCAAAACAAAUGUCACAAACAACGACCACCAGUCAGCCAAAGCCGACGGCGACGCCGGCAACUAUUCCGAAGUCCAUUCGCUUCCUGUUCGGUGGCGGUGCCGGAAUGUUGGCCACUUGUUUUGUUCAGCCGCUGGAUCUCAUCAAAAAUCGGAUGCAAUUGAGCGGCGAAGGCGGAAAAGCUAAAGAACACAAAACAAGUCUACACGCCAUCCGAGCGGUCAUCAAGAAUGAAGGCCUGAGCGGUAUGUAUGUCGGCCUAUCGGCUGGUCUACUACGACAGGCCUCCUAUACGACUGUCCGGAUGGGCGUCUAUUCGACACUGUUCGAGAAGGUUAGCCGCGAUUCGCCAAAACCGCCCGGUUUUUUCACCAAAGCAGCCAUCGGUAUGACUGCCGGAGCUGUUGGCGCUUUUUUCGGUACACCCGCCGAAGUGUCGCUAAUCCGGAUGACAUCCGACGGUCGGCUACCACUAGCCGAACGUCGCGGCUAUAAGAAUGUAUUCGACGCACUCAUACGUAUCAGUCGUGAAGAAGGCGUACUGACUCUGUGGCGCGGAUGUGUACCGACCAUUGGCCGGGCAAUGGUGGUCAAUGCUGCCCAAUUGGCCUCCUAUUCACAGGCCAAACAGAUCCUAUUGUCCACCGAGUAUUUCAAUGAUAAUAUUAUGUGCCAUUUUGUUGCAUCAAUGAUAUCGGGUCUGAUUACGACGGCUGCCUCUAUGCCAGUCGAUAUCGCAAAAACCAGAAUCCAAAACAUGAAGAUAAUCGAUGGUAAACCAGAAUAUAAAGGCGCUCUCGACGUCCUGUUACGAGUGGUCCGUAACGAAGGUGUGUUUGCACUGUGGAAGGGGUUUACCCCAUAUUAUGCCCGUUUGGGUCCGCAUACAGUGUUGACCUUUAUAUUCCUUGAACAGGCAAACCAGGCCUACAAACAGUAUGUAUUGAAAGAUUUUUCGGGCGGCGGCGGGCUUUGAAUACAAAUAAAACAAACAAAAAUCGGCCGACAAUUGAU